AUGACGUGGGUGACCUGGUGGCGAGCAAAGCUUCCACCCAAUCUAUUAACUCUAAGCUCCUCAUCCAAUGUCGACCCUCAACACCCGACCCCAGCUACCAGCCAGGAUGUGCUUUCUUCAGCGCUACAUCGCGCCAGGAGGACCAGCAAGAUGGCCGACACCUUCGCCAGCAUCGGCGGAGUGCGCGCCAUUUGUGUCAUCGUCUUCAUCAGCAUCGCACUCUACAACGCCGCCGAGCUCCUCGUCCUGAUCAUACUCACCUUCAAACGCUAUCGCAGCCUGUACUUCUGGGCUCUCCUCCUCUCCUCCCUCUUAGGCGUGAUCCCGGCCUCCAUCGGUUCAUUGCUCCAAUUCUUCAAUCUCGCUACGCUGUGGCUCACCCUCGUCCUGGAGAAUAUCGGGUUCUACUUCAUGGUCCCCGGCCAGUCGGUAGUGCUGUAUUCGCGUCUGCAUUUGGUAUCGCAGAACCAGCGGCUUCUUCGCUUUCUGCGCUGGUUGAUCACGAUCAAUACCAUCAUCCUCAUCAUCCCCAUCACGGUCCUUAACUUCGGCUGGUCGUACCACCCAACCGUGUCCGGCUGGGCGCAUGGGUUUGAUGCCAUGGAGCGCAUCCAGCUAACCUGGUUCUCAGCGCAGGAGAUUCUCAUUUCGACGAUCUAUAUCCUGGAAACGAUCAAGAUGAUCCGCGCCGCGCCGGGAAAGAACCAACGCCGCAGUAUGACGCUGUAUCUCCUAGUCCUGGUGAAUUUCAUCGCCAUCGGUAUGGACGUCGUCCUGAUGACCCUGGAGUAUCUGGAAUUCUAUCUUAUGCAGAUUAUCGUCAAAGCGCUGGUGUAUAGCAUCAAGCUGAAGCUGGAGUUUGCGGUGCUGAAUAUGCUGGUGUCUAUUUCGCAUGUGCAUUUGUCUUCCACGCCGGCGGGCAGCUCGAACAGUGGUGCUCCGUGGUGGAUAUCUUCUUCUCAGUAG